CAAAGAUACGCUUGUUUUGCACACCGAGACAUCAGUUGACGUAACAAGAAAACAUAAGUUUUAAAUAAUCAAACGUUUACUAUUUAUCUGGAGACCAACUACCAUCAAGAGACGUUUUUGAGGUGACCACCGAGUGAACACUGAACGAGUGAUCCAGCGCCACUUCGCUUGUUUAUAAGUCCUGCGCGUACCGCCGGCGCGGGUGGGAGGUUUGAGUCAGUUUCGAACCGCGAUGGGAGAAGUUUGUAAGGAGCAGCAGCCGUGGCUGUUAAUCAUUUGGAAGACCUGUAACGCCUUGAUGUGCUUGUUUUUCACUCUGGCGUCGUAUGUGCAGAUCAAUGACCCGGACGCAGGUUUGUGGAUGGCGGGUUACGGGGUUCCCGCAGCGCUCUGUGCGUUCAUCGUCUGGAGAGCAGAUGUGACAGAGACUUUGGCCUGGAGGCGCGUGGCGGAUCUCCACGUCAUGAUCUCCUGCGCUGUCGUGUCCAUGUUGGGAUGGAGGCUGUUCACAGAGAAGGUCUCGGCGAUCUUCCAGCAGGAGGAGGGCAGAGAAUGCUCUGGCCUCAUGCUGACGGGCGUUUGGCUUCUGCUGUGUCGUCACUCUGGAAGAGCUCCUGUGGGGGCGCUGCGGGUCUCCACUGCCGCCGCCAUCACAGUUUUCCCCUUCGCGGCCUGGCUGUACUACCACACCAACAAAGAUCUGAGAUCGGACUGGCCUUCACACUGUACCACGGCCCUUUAGAUGUCAAGUCCUCAUGUGGACGAAGAAACAGUCCACUUCUCUGUUUUUAGAUACUUUAAAAGUGAAAUAAAUGUUUUUAAAACAAA